GCCGGGCCGCGCCCCGUGGCGCUGUGCUCCAUGGCGCUGGCGGCCGCCCGUGCGCGGGUGCUGCGCGCCCUCAGCCGCCCGCUCCCGCCGGGACGGGUGCCGCUCGCCGCCCGGCGCCGCAGCGGCAGCAGCAGCGAUGCGGGGGGCCCCGCGCCGCUGCCGCUCGGCGGGUACGGGGUGUGGCAGGAGUGGGCGACCCGCGACCCCGCCGGUUUCUGGGCGGAGGUGGCGCGGGGGGCGCUGCGGUGGGACAGCCCCUUCCACACGGCCUGCCGGGCCGGCCCGGCCGCCGGCGCCGCCCGCUGGUUCCUCGGCGGCCGCCUCAACGUCUCGGUAAAUUGCUUGGAUAAACAUGUUGAAAAGUCUCCGAACAGAGUGGCUUUGAUUUGGGAGAGAGAUGAGCCUGGCACUGCAGUGCAUGUCACAUACAGGGAACUUCUGGAUCUGACUUGCCGUCUUGCCAACACCCUGAAGAAAUAUGGGAUACAGAAAGGGGACAAGGUGGCCAUCUAUAUGUCCGUGUCUCCCUUGUCUGUGGCAGCCAUGCUGGCUUGCACCAGGAUUGGUGCUGUUCACACUGUGGUCUUCGCUGGAUUCAGUGCAGAGUCCUUAGCUGGGAGGAUCAUGGACUCUGGAUGCAAAGCAGUUAUCACCUACAACCAGGGAGUCAGGGGAGGCCGAAUCAUACAGCUGAAGGCAACUGUGGAUGAAGCUGUUAAGAACUGUCCAAGCAUCGAACACGUCUUUGUGGCUCAGAGGACAGAUAACAACGUCCAGAUGGGUGACCGUGAUAUUCCCCUUGAGGAGGAGAUGGCCAAGGCAGCUUCCAUAUGCACUCCAGAGAGCAUGGACAGCGAAGACAUGCUUUUCAUUCUGUAUACCUCGGGCAGCACUGGGAAACCGAAAGGAAUUGUUCACACCCAGGCUGGAUACCUGCUGUACUCUGCUCUCACACACAAGUAUGUAUUUGACUACCAGCAAGGGGAUGUUUUUGGCUGUGUGGCUGACAUUGGCUGGAUCACGGGACAUAGCUAUGUUGUGUAUGGACCACUCUGCAAUGGAGCCACCUCAGUUCUGUUUGAAAGCACUCCAGUGUACCCUGACCCAGGUCGUUACUGGGAAGUGGUACAACGGUUGAAAAUUAAUCAGUUUUAUGGAGCACCUACGGCCAUACGCUUGCUGCUGAAUUAUGGAGAAGAGUGGGUGAAGAAAUAUGACAGAUCUUCCUUGAAGACCUUGGGAUCAGUGGGAGAGCCCAUCAACCAUGAAGCUUGGCAGUGGUUCUACCACGUGGUGGGAGAAGGGCGCUGCACCCUUGUGGACACGUGGUGGCAGACAGAAACUGGUGGCAUCUGCAUUGCCCCACGGCCUUCAGAGGAGAAAGCUGAGAUCGUUCCGGCUAUGGCUAUGAGACCUUUCUUUGGGAUUGUGCCUGUGCUGAUGGAUGAGAAUGGAAAGGUUAUAGAGGGCAAUGAUGUGUCUGGUGCACUCUGCAUUGCCCAGCCAUGGCCUGGCAUGGCAAGAACAAUCUAUGGAGAUGACCAGCGAUUUGUUGAUGCCUAUUUCAAAACCUACCCAGGUUACUACUUCACAGGGGAUGGUGCUUACAGGACUAAGGAAGGCUAUUACCAGAUUACAGGACGCAUAGAUGACGUCAUUAACAUCAGCGGACACAGGCUCGGGACGGCAGAGAUAGAAGAUGCAAUGGCUGAUCAUCCUGAGGUCCCUGAGACAGCUGUGAUUGGAUAUCCACACAAGAUCAAAGGAGAAGGUGCCUUUGCUUUCAUAGUGCUAAAUGAGCGGACAGCUCAUAUAGACCGUGUCAAAGAAGAGCUCAAAACCAUAGUGGCUUCCAAGAUAGCAAAAUAUGCUGUGCCUGACCACAUUCUGGUGGUGAAACGUCUUCCUAAAACCCGAUCUGGGAAGAUCAUGAGAAGGCUGCUGAGGAAAGUAGUCACUGAACAAUCAAACAUGGGAGACGUCACCACGCUUGAUGAUCCAAGUGUCGUCAAGGAGAUACUGGAUGCUUACCAGAAAUACAAGAAGACUUCCUCAUAGCGGGCAGCUCUGGAACCAUUCUCUGGAACUGCAGAAGGUCUCAAAUAAGCAGGCAAAUGACAUAGUUCUCUCUUGGUGUUUUGUUUAAAAACUCUGUUUCCCCUGUAGGGAAACAAGAUUUUCCACUCCACAACAUAUUUUGAGAUGCACAGAGCUAGGAGCAAUCUGCAGUUUUGCACAGUCAGUGAGCUCCCUUUCAUUGCUUUUAGGGCUGAUGUAGAGCAGCCAUUGGUGGUUUGAAAUGUCAUCAGCUAUGAUGAAGUUUAAUACUAGCUGAAGCAAGAUGCAGAUGUUAAUGUUUUUCAUUUUAAUGCUUCUGUACAGGGAAAUGUUUUUAUACAAUACUUUUGCUGUUUUGAAAGAAACCCUGGUAUACACUUCGUAAAUUUUUUGUUCAGCUUGGAUGUCCAAGUUCAAGUAGCUGUAUUUCACUGCAACUGUGGUGCCUUUUCAGCAAUGCUGGGUAUUCUUGUAGAUGAUUCACAUGUAUUAUUAGGGAAAUAAGAAGGACAUUGCUAGUCUGAUAAUUCUUUCUUGUGUUUACCCAGUCAUUACCCUUCAACUUUCCUCAUAAGGAUUUGUUCCUACCACUAUAUGUCCUGGGAGUUGCCAGAGAUGGUGAGCCUGUCACCCUUCAUGUCCCACCCAGGCAACCCAGCACUAAGCACUUCCACAUGCACAACUGAGCCGCAAAGCCUGCUGCUGGGCUCCCUACAUGUCCUCAAUGCAUUGCCAGUUGCAUAGGAGGGGUCUGGUCCCAUGUGUUUUUAUUCUGCCUUGAGAAACUGAGAUUACCAACAGGGUUUUUAAAGUAACUGUCCUCUUCCUCAUUGGUGAUGACAGCUGAUCAGUGUUGUCCAUGGUGGUUCACUUCUGCAUAGUAGGAGUGGUGGUCUACAACUGGUAGAUCUUUGUUGCCAGUUGGUGAUUUGUGUAGGUGCCUUUGUUUCUUGAAGUCACUACGAAAGGGAUGAUGUUUGCUUGCCAUCUGUUGGCAGAGCAUUGGGAAACAAAAUCCUGAAGUGCUCAAGAGAGGUUUGAAGCUGAGAGAUGUGCUGGAGGGUUCAUUGUGACUUGCUGGGCUGUGUGAUUUCUGGCCAAGGAAUGGUUAUUUUAGCCCACUCCCAAAUGGCCUCUAAUCUUGUUUGCUCCAACAAAGACAGGCACCUACCUGGAGGUAGGUUGGUUCUCCUGUCAGAAGUUAUGACUUAAUGCUUAUCGUUUCAAGUUGGGCCCUACCACAUCUGCCCCUUCCGCAUGCUGCCGUGCUGAUUUUCCAAAGAGUUAAAUGACAAGUGGGUAACUGCAAAUUGCUUAAUUCGCCAAGAAGAAGGAAGUGCCUCUUAGAUGCCUUCUGGAAAAUGAUGCUAGCAUUCCAGACCAGCAACCUCAGAAUAGCAGGGAACAAUAGCCUUUGUCUUUCAUCUGCUUUCAAAAUUGCAGCUAAUACAUUCAGUGUUUUAUUUCUGGACUCGUUUUAUGAUGAACACAUUUUGAUUGAAGGACUCUUUAUAUUUGGGCUGUUCAGAAGAAUUUGCUAGUAGAUCUCCUGUCCUGUACUGUGCCACUGAAGGUCAUGGAAAAGCCUGUAGGUGUCGAAUGCCUUUGAGACUUCUGCCACUGCUAAAUUUGCUUGAAGCUGGCUGCGGGGUUCAGAGUGGUUGGAUGGGCCACGAGCAUGCCAGGAAGGCACAGUAGGGGACUCCCUCCCCUUUCCCUUGGUGCAAAAGCUCAAGGUAUACGCCAGUGUAGCAUGGUCAGUGCUGCUUCUGGGAGCAUGUACCACAAGGGCUCAGGCAUAGCUGCUUCAUCUUAACCUGCCUAAGCCAAGUGACUGCUAACCAGCGUUCCAGUGCUGUGGCUGGGGUCAUUCCACCAAACCUUGCAGUUCUGCAUCUGGCUUUCUCAGAUGACAGUCUGCUUAGUUUCAUGGAGCUGUGUGCUUUGGCCCACCAAGCCCCUGAGUAACUGGCAGAAUUGCCAUUUUUUUUGCCGUAGUUUUACAGGGGUUACUUAUUGCUGAAUUUAACUGGAGCAGCACUGGCUUUUCCAGUAGGAAUAUGUACUAGAAAGACAGUCUGUGCACCUAACUGGAGGCAGGAAAGGCAGGGAGGAAAUGGCUAGAUGAUCCUGCAGGACUGGGAGAGGAGUGGUGAGUUUUUUGGCCAGCAGAGAUUCUGGUACCAAAUGGGGAAGCAGGCUGCUUGCAGUAUGGUGUGUUCUCAAAAGACAGGCAUGUUGUCUUAGAUCCCAGAGUUCCUCUGAGGACACUAGCUUGAUUUGCUGGUUUUUUGGUUUUUUUUUUUAGUUUGUUUGUUUUAUUAAAAUUUAUUUUAAACCUCUCUAGGGACUGGGUAAUACAGUGGGGAAUAUCAGACUGCAAUCCAUUUUUACUUAAGGUAAGUAGACACCCUGUGGACUUUGUGGGAAGGUUUGAUAGAGUUGACAGGAUAUUAGUAUUUUAGGAGACAGCCACUACAUAUAUCCUCUGAUGCCAUUGCAAAAAAAACCCCAAACAAACAAACAAAAACCCCAAAAAAUAAACCAAGCCCCCCCCCCCAAACCCAACAACCUUUCCUUAACUGAUUUUCAGGUGGGAAGCAGCCAGGAGUUAAUGCUUUUGACAGAAAAAGUAGACUCCCUUGUUCAAACUACUUGUCUCCACGCAGUCUGAAAUACACCGUGGAGGAAGAAAAAUUACUUGAACAGUAUUACACACUUUCCCUUUAGUCAAGAAAGCAUUUCCUAUAUUAGGGAUAUAGAAUUUCCUUGUCCUGUUGACCUGAAAUUUCCAUGCUAAGGUGUGACCCAGUGGUCACAGACACAUGGUCCAAUUAAUCUGAACUGUCUCACGAAGACUAGCUAUGUGAGGAGCAGUGUGCUUUUGUGCAUUGAGACCUUCGUCAUACUCUUCUCAGGGAAAAUGGGAGAUAGGCACACUCCCUCACCUGCAUCCCUGUUGUCUCAACCUGCAUGGGCUUAGGGACCACAGCUGCCAGGGAGGUUACAGAAUGACCAGGUAGCUGCAGCACCCCAAAAAAUUCACAGCCAUGCCAGCUAUGAUGUGGACAGACUAGUUACAAACAAGCCUCACACUGUGAACUUCUGAAGCCUUACAAGCACCUUUGCUAAAAUCGUGUCACCAGCAUGUGCAAGACAGAGUGCUACAUGCCUGCCAUCCAGUACCAUGAUAGCCACUCUGCUUCUUCCUUGCACGUUUCCACAGCUGAGCUGUGGUCCUUGGUAUGUCCAUUUGCUCAGAGGCCCCCUCAGGAUAUUCAAAGAGAUCACGUGGUGCUGUUGUGCUGCCCACAUGGAGUUCUGCAGUGGGCACAGCUCCUGCUGGGCAGCCUCAGCCCCCACCUCUCCUGGUGUACCAGCAUCAGCUCUUGGAGCUAAUAUCCCAUGCACAGUUCAUCUAAUAGCAUCCUGAGGCUGGUAGAAACAGCUCGGCAGGGCUUGGAACUGAUGCUUCUUACAAAAAGAAUACUGUGCUUCACUGGGUAGGCUACUCAUAGAAAGCUUUGCCAAACAUGACAUUUUCCAGCCAGAGAAGUCCCCCUUUCUUCUUUUUCCCCAUGAUCUCUGCUAACUGCAAGUAGUUGCAUCUUCAGUGAUGAGCUGCGUUUUCCAUUUUCGUUAUUCCCUGGACACCACGAACAACCACACUGGUGCGUGGCGACAGAGCUUUCUGCACUGCCUCGCAUGCAGCAUUCUUACCCCCCCACCCAGCCUGUGGUUCAGGGAGGGGCUCAGCCUGCAGAACUGGCACUCAUGUCCUCAGUUCCUGAGACGCUGGGAAGGAGGUUGCUUGUGAAAAACCGUGGCCCUGCAGUCUUAAGAGCUGAUCUUCACUAAGUAGUGAAAGUGGUAAUGAUAUAUGGAAUACUUUACAGUGGGGUCAUGGGGCAAACUUGGGGGUUAUUGCUUCAUUUAGAAAAGUGGAACUGUUGAAUUCUAAAUGUUUGUGUGUCCUUGAGUAACAUGUGGGUAAUUUGCCAGAUUGCCUUUACAGCUUCAUUAAAAAAGAUCCAGAGUACUUUUACCUGCUGCAAUUUGUUGCAAAGGGCAAACGUGCUUGCUUUUUUUCCCCACUUGGUUUUGCCAGUGAGACCUGGUCAUGGUCCCUUUUGCCCCACUGGAGACACAGGCCAUGAUUUUCUUAAUUUUAGGAAGGGAAAGUCUGUUUUUCUAGAGAUGAGGUGUGUGUGUAAAGUCUAAUGUUAAGCCUUUAAUGUCAUUUUGUUUUCUUGUAAUCAUGCUUUAGACACAUUUAUUGUCCUUGACUGAAACCAGCUUCUUCAAUGAUCUCUGCAUUCAUAUUUUCAUUAAAGAAAAUACAUUUCUAUG